AUGGUCAAGACAAAGCUGGAGCCCACUGUCAUCAGCUACCGUGCUUGGAUAAGCGCUUGCGAGAAAGGCCAGCAGUGGCAGCGGGCCCUGUCGCUGCUCAGCGAGAUGGUCGAGACGAAGCUGAAGCCCGCUGCCAUCAGCUACAACGCUUGGAUCAGCCCAUGCGGGAAAGGUCAGCAGUGGCAGCGGGCCCUGUCCCUGCUCAGCUGGAUAGUCGAGACGAAACUUGAUCCCGAUACCAUCAUCUACAAUGCUUGGAUCAGUGCUUGUGGAGAGGUCAGCAGUAGCAGCAGGCCCUGUCGCUGCUCAGCGAGAUGUUCGAGACGAAGAUGGAUCCCAUUUUCAUCAGCUAUCGUGCUGGGCUGA